AUGGCGACGCGAAUUAAGCCAGACGACAAUGUCGACAUAGAUCCCGAGACUCAAGUCGCAUCAGAAGAAUCACCCCUUUUACAGAAUACUUCUCCUCAGCAAGAUGGACCAUCAAAAGCAUUUAGACGACGCGCUUUGGGGAUGUGCAUGUUGGCAUUGCUCAUGGUAGAAGUCAGCCAAUUCAUCAUGAAUCCACCUACCAAAAAGAUUAUUGAGGAUAUUAUUUGUCGCCAGCAUUAUCCAGACCAUGCUAUUAAAUCUUAUUGGAUAGAGGACCAACGCUGCAAGGAUAGUCCCGUGCAAAAGACUCUGGCUAUGGUUCAGGGUUGGGCUCAGGCAUUUGAGAUGGGAGUUCCAAUCUUGACGCAGUUUCCGUAUGGUAUUGUUGCUGAUAAGUAUGGAAGACGACUUGUUUUGUUCUUGGCCAUGCUUGGAUGUUGUCUUUCUACCUGCUGGCUCUUGAUGGUUUGCGACAGCGUCUUCUUUCUCAUUGGUGGCGGAGGUCAAAUGGCUGUUGCAAUGGUUUACACCAUCGUAGCAGACGUUGUCCCCGUCGCUGAACGAACAGACAUGUUCUUUCGUCUGGUCGCCCUAGUCCUCGUCUUUAACGUCAUCUUCAACCCCAUAUCCGCAUGGUUGAUGGAGUACGACCCUUGGCUAUCCAUGUGGAUUGGCUUUGGCUUCAUGGUCUUUGGAACGCUGUGCAUUCUUCUCAUCCCCGAGACGAUGCACUUGAGACGCAAGGAUGAUGAUGAGAGACAUGAUGAGAACGACCAGGCUGGCGGUGUCCCUCUGAGCAAGAAUGGCGUGCUAAAGCAGGCUUGGUUCAGCAUCAAGAACGAUAUGCAGCAUGUCUGGAGGUUCAUCUUUGCUUCAAAGAGUAUCAUGAUGCUCAUGUUUUCUGUUGCUUUGUUUGUUCCGACGAGGAUCACACUUACGGGAGUGAUGCUGCAGUACAUGUCGAAGCGAUUUGACUGGUCAUGGUCAAAGGCUACAUACAUAUCGACGAUCGGCAUCAUUGCUACAGUGGUGUGCUACCUCAUCAUCUUACCAGUCACAUCCGAUUCUCUCAACAAGUCUCAUCGCUACAAGUCACGUCCUAUUGCACGAGAUCUCCUACUUGCCCGUGUUUCCAUCGCAAUCAUGACAGUCGGGUUACUCUUGAUGGGCGUAGCUGGAAGUCCAUGGCUUUUCAUCAUUUCCCUCAUAACAACCAGUGUCGGCAAUUCGUUUGUCGCUCUCAGCAGAGCCCUGCUCAACGCUCUAGUUGAACCGCAUACUAUUGCCACACUAAACACUACUGUUUCAGUUGUUGAAGUGUUGAUGGGUAUGACUGCGCCGGCUAUGAGCUGGCUCUUGGCCAAGGGUAUUGAAUUGGGUGAUUCUUGGAUGGGAUUGCCAUUUGUUGUUACUGGUAUGUUGGCUGUGAUGACAACUAUUAUGCUUUUUGCUGUGAGGCUUCCUUCGUCUGGCAUUGCUCAAGCUCAUGCUGGCUGA